AUGAAUGUGGAAGAAUUUUUUCAAAAAUUCGGUCAGUCUCAAGGCAACGCCAAAAGUCUGAUCCACAGAGACAAUAAGGAUGGCAAUAAACAAGAUGGCCGUAUUGUCACCGGUGAUUUGCAGAGUGCACUAAGCAGUGCUGUGCGGAAUGGACAACUUGACCUCAUCCAAAAACUAAUCAGUCAAGGUGCUGAGGUGAAUAAAGUUGAAAAGGACGGUUGGACCUCAUUACAUUUGGCAGCACAGAAUGGUCAUUAUGAUGUCAUCAAAUAUCUCAUCAGUCAAGGAGCCCAGGUGAAUAAAGUUGAAAAGGACGGUUGGACCUCUUUACAUUUGGCAGCACAGAAUGGCCAUCCUGACGUCAUCGAAUAUCUCAUCAGUCAAGGAGCUGAGGUGAAUAAAGUUGACAAGGGCGGAUGGACUGCAUUACAUAAAGCUUCAGCGAAUGAUCAUCUUGAUGUCGUCAAAGAAGUAAUCAGUCAAGGAGCUGAGGUGAAUAAAGUUGAAAAGGACGGUUGGACAUCAUUACAUUUGGCAGCACAGAAUGGCCAUCCUGACGUCAUCGAAUAUCUCAUCAGUCAAGGAGCUGAGGUGAAUAAAGUUGACAAGGACGGAUGGACUGCAUUACAUAAAGCUUCAGCGAAUGAUCAUCUUGAUGUCGUCAAAGAAUUAAUCAGUCAAGAAGCUGAGGUGAAUGAAGUUCAAAAUGACGGUUGGACAUCAUUACAUUUGGCAGCACAGAAUGGCCAUCAUGACGUCAUCAAAUAUCUCAUCAGUCAAGGAGCCCAGGUAAAUAAAGUUCAAAAUAGCGGUUGGACCUCAUUACAUUUGGCAGCACAGAAUGGCCUUCCUGACAUCAUCAAAUAUCUCAUCAGUCAAGGAGCUGAGGUGAAUAAAGUUCAAAAUGGUGGUUGUACUGCAUUACAUCUAGCUUCAAAGAAUGGUCGUACUGAUGUCACCAAAUAUCUCAUCAGUCAAGGUGCUGAGUUGAAUAAUAUUGACUAUAAUGGAUGGACUGCAUUACAUAUAGCUUCAAAGAAUGGUCAUAUUGGCGUCGUCAAAGAAUUGAUUAGUCAAGGAGCUGAUGUUGAUAAGGCUAGUGACAAAGGAUGGUCAGCCUUAUACCUUGCCGCAGCUGCUGGUCAUGUUCGUGUUUCAAUUAUUUUGCUUAGUCAGCAAGCUGAGCUGGCCAAAGCAAAUAUAAUUCAUUGGACGGAGUUUCAUUCCGCUGCAGAGAGAGGCGAUCUUGAUGACAUGAAAGAGCAAGUCAGUCAAGGAGCCGAGCUGGAUAAAGCUGGUUCUUUUGGUUGGACAGCCUUACAUAUUGCAGCAAGUAAUGGACACCUUGAUAUGACAAAAUAUUUGCUAAGUCAAGGAGCUGAUGUGAAUUCUAGCAAUGACUUUGGUAGGUGUGCUUUGCAUAGUGCAUCAAAGAAAGGAAACUUGGAUGUCGUGGAAUAUCUGAUUAGUGAAGGGGCCGAUAUGAACAAAGGAAAUGACUUUGGAUUUACUGCCCUAGAUUAUGCCUCAAUGGAUGGUCAUUUAGAUAUCAUCAAAUUCCUAAUCGGUCAUGGAGUUGAGGCAGAUAAUUGCGACGCAGAUGGAACCACUACUCUCCAUCAUGCCUUACAUGCUGGCCAUAUCGACAUUACAAAGUAUCUGCUUAGCCAAGGCUCUGAACUGAAUAAGAGAAGUGUGCAUGACUCUGUCAUCUUACAAUUCGAUGGACAGUAUGGUCACUAUGAUGUUGUGCGAUGUGUGCACAGUCGAGUCGAUCGUGUAGUAAGCAGACUCGUUAAUUCUCUCACUGUCUUUAGAGGUGCCCCAGAAAGUGAUCUUGGUGGAAGCAAUUAUCAAGAUGGCGAUGAGGAUAAGACAGUUCAAGGUGGGAUGAUUAUUGUGCGUAUGCCACUUAUAGGGUCUGAUUUUGACCUUCAAGAUCUUCUUGCAAGUCAAGGAGGCAGAACUGUUGAUCGCACAUCAUUACAAGACGCUACAGAAGGUGGCUGUCUUGCAGUUGUUCAGUUUAUAACCAGUCAAGGAGCUGAUGUGAACGAAAGCAAUAAUGUUGGCUGGACUGCUCUUCACUUUGCUGCGCAAAUGGGUCAUCUCAAUAUUGUAGAUUAUCUACUUGGACAAGGAGCUGAAGUAGCUAGAGGGGAUGUUCAUGGUAUCUCUCCUUUACAUGUUGCUGCAUUCAUUGGCCAUUGUGACGUUACCGAGCAUUUGCUUAGGCGAGGAGCCGAGGUCAACGGAGCCACCAAGGAGAAAGGUUCUACAGCCCUACAUGUCGGAGUGCAGAAUGGUCAUCUCGAUAUCACACAAGGCUUGCUCAACCACGGAGCCGAACUUGAUGCUACAGACAAUGAUGGUUGGACUCCCUUGCACAUUGCUGCUCAGAACGGUCACAUCGAUGUCAUGAAGUGUCUACUUCAGCAACUUGCAGAUGUUAGCAAGGUUACACAGAAGGGAUCAUCUGCAUUGCAUUUGUCUGUCGCAAAUGGACAUACCGCUGUCACAAGAUAUCUAUUGGAGCACGGAGCUGAAGUAAAUCUGAGUAAACAUGGUCCAACUGCGUUGCAACUUGCUGCAGAACAAGACCAAGUGCAUGGGACAGGUCCAGAUACGCGGUGUGCUGAAGGGCAGAAACACACUUCUUCCCCAAAUGGCCAUGCAGAUACUGAGGGUUUAACAGAAGAUGAGAAGAAGGUUGUUGGACAACAUGCUGAGAAAGGCUUCACAUCAGUUCAUUUAGCCACGCAAAAUGGCUACACCUCCAUCAUCGAGACAUUAGUUUCUCAUGGCGCCGAUCUCAACAUGCAGUCCAUAGACGGACAUACCUGUCUUCAUGAAGCCAUCAGACUUUCUGGUCGGAAGGACAGCAAAGUUGCAGCAACACCAGCACUCCAAAAGAUCUCAGAAGAGUUCUAUCAGAAUGAAUUGUCUCCCAAAAAGGCCCUGGUCUUCUAUCUCUUGGACAACGGAGCAAAGCCGGACAUCAAGGAUAACCAAGGCAACCUACCAGUCCACUAUGCCAACGAUGAAAUCGUUCGCCAGAUGAUAUUCUCAAGGUCUCCUGAUAUGGACAUCAUCAGAGCUUAUCGAGCCGAAGAGUCGGCACCACCAGUGGUCAACGCUGUCUCUGCUCAGGUUGGAUGUGACGGUAAACAGCUCGAACUGGAACAACAUGGUAUUUCAAUGGCUAUCCCACCUGGGGCUGUCGAACAGAACAAAUCUUGCAAGAUCACCAUUACCGUUGUGAAAAACCUCCCUGAUGUUGUCAUCCAAGAUGACACAUCAAUGGCAGCCUACGGGAUCAGAUGUGACCCUCCAAAUAUGGUCUUCCACCAGCCUGUUAAGAUCAGGAUACCACAUUUCACCUUGGUCACCAACGCUGAGCAAGUGAUACCAGACAUCGUCUCACAUAUUUGGGAUGCAAAAGAGGGUUUACCGAGAAUUUCGAGGACAAAGUCAUCUGCUGCACCUGACAAAUUGCCGUACUGCAAGGUCCUUGAGAGACAUCUUGAGCUGCACAUCGAUCACUGUGGCGAGUGGUGGGUUCUUAUCCCUCUUGAGCAACAGAUCAUUCAGCUUCAAUUCAUGUGUACCCCAUACGUACCGGACAAGAUUGAAAGAGGCAAAGAGUUUGAUGUUCAUCUCCACCUGAAUGCCGAUAUCCCGGGCAUAGAAAUGGAUGUGACUCGAUCUAGCUCCUACACACGUCGCUUUCAGACUUUGGAUAUAGCCUGA